UUUUCUGCCCACCCCUUUUCAAUCUGCCCAAGUCUGAGGUGCUCCGGGAAGACGCACAAUCGUGAGCAGCUUACGACACUCAGUGAGCAGUAGGUGCCGGUGCAAGCUCGCGCCUCACACUGCCUGGCGGAGGGAAGGAGCCCGGGCGCCGGGCACCGCUCCCCGCUCCCAGCGCCGCCACCCGAGCCGCCCGCCGCCCGCACCUCCCCGCCGCCCGCAAAGCAUGAGCGAGCCCGCUCUCCGCAGCCGCCCCGGGCGCGAAUGGCAGGCUGUCUCCGCGGAGCAAAAGGUGGCGCCGGUCAGUGGUCCUUUCCAAUGACGGACAUUAACCAGACUGUCAAAUCCUGGGGAGUCGCGAGCCCCGAGUUUGGAGUUUUUUUUUCCCCACAACGUCACAGUCCGAACUGCAGAGGGAAAGGACAGCGGCAGGAAGGCGAAGCCCCGGCUCCCGCACGCAGUUGGGAAACUUGCGGGUCCUAGAAGUCGCCUCCCCGCCUCGCCGGCCGCCCUUGCAGCCCCGAGCGGAGCAGCAAAGUGAGACAUUGUGCGCCUGCCAGAUCCGCCGGCCGCGGACCGGGGCUGCCUCGGAAACACAGAGGGGUCUUCUCUCGCCCUGCAUAUAAUUAGCCUGCACACAAAGGGAGCAGCUGAAUGGAGGUUGUCACUCUCUGGAAAAGGAUUUCUGACCGAGCGCUUCCAAUGGACAUUCUCCAGCCUCUCUGGAAAGAUUCUCGCUAAUGGAUUUCCUGCUGCUCGGUCUCUGUCUAUACUGGCUGCUGAGGAGGCCCUCGGGGGUGGUCUUGUGUUUGCUGGGGGCCUGCUUUCAGAUGCUGCCCGCCGCCCCCAGCGGGUGCCCGCAGCUGUGCCGGUGCGAGGGGCGGCUGCUGUACUGCGAGGCGCUCAACCUCACCGAGGCGCCCCACAACCUGUCCGGCCUGCUGGGCUUGUCCCUGCGCUACAACAGCCUCUCGGAGCUGCGCGCCGGCCAGUUCACGGGGUUAAUGCAGCUCACGUGGCUCUAUCUGGAUCACAAUCACAUCUGCUCGGUGCAGGGGGACGCCUUUCAGAAACUGCGCCGAGUUAAGGAACUCACACUGAGUUCCAACCAGAUCACCCAACUGGCCAACACCACCUUCCGGCCCAUGCCCAACCUGCGCAGCGUGGACCUCUCGUACAACAAGCUGCAGGCGCUCGCGCCCGAUCUCUUCCACGGGCUGCGGAAGCUCACCACGCUGCACAUGCGGGCCAACGCCAUCCAGUUCGUGCCCGUGCGCAUCUUCCAGGACUGCCGCAGCCUCAAGUUUCUCGACAUCGGAUACAAUCAGCUCAAGAGUCUGGCGCGCAACUCUUUCGCCGGCUUGUUCAAGCUCACCGAGCUGCACCUGGAGCACAACGACUUGGUCAAGGUGAACUUUGCCCACUUCCCCCGCCUCAUCUCCCUGCACUCGCUCUGCCUGAGGAGGAACAAGGUGGCCAUUGUGGUCAGCUCGCUGGACUGGGUAUGGAACCUGGAGAAAAUGGACCUGUCGGGCAACGAGAUCGAGUACAUGGAGCCCCAUGUGUUCGAGACCGUGCCACACCUCCAGUCCCUGCAGCUGGACUCCAACCGUCUCACCUACAUCGAGCCCCGUAUCCUCAACUCCUGGAAGUCGCUGACGAGCGUCACCCUGGCCGGGAACCUCUGGGACUGUGGGCGCAACGUGUGCGCCCUGGCCUCAUGGCUCAGCAACUUCCAGGGGCGCUACGAUGGCAACUUGCAGUGCGCCAGCCCCGAGUACGCACAGGGCGAGGACGUCCUGGACGCAGUGUACGCUUUCCACCUGUGCGAGGAGGGGGCCGAGCCCACCAGCGGCCACCUGCUCUCCGCCGUCACCAACCGCAGCGACCUGGGAUCCCCCGCCGGCCCGGCCACCACUCUCGCUGACGGCAGGGAGGGGCAGCCCGACAGCACGCCUGAGCUGGCUACCGUGGCCCUCCCCGGCGGCGAACACGCCGAGAACGCUGUGCAGAUUCACAAGGUGGUCACCGGCACCAUGGCCCUCAUUUUCUCCUUCCUCAUCGUGGUCCUGGUGCUCUAUGUCUCUUGGAAGUGCUUCCCAGCCAGUCUCAGGCAGCUCAGACAGUGCUUUGUGACGCAGCGCAGGAAGCAAAAGCAGAAACAGACCAUGCAUCAGAUGGCUGCCAUGUCUGCCCAGGAAUACUACGUUGAUUACAAACCGAACCACAUUGAGGGAGCCCUGGUCAUCAUCAACGAGUAUGGCUCGUGUACCUGCCACCAGCAGCCCGCCAGGGAAUGCGAGGUGUGAUUGUCCCAGUGGCUCCCAACCCGUGCGCUACCAAAUAUGCCUGGACAGCCGGGGCGGGCCGGCAAGCACCAGGCUGGGGUCUCCUGUCUGUGCUCUGAUAUGCUCCUUGACUGAAACCGCAAGGGGAUCUCUCCCAGAGACUUGACAUUUUAGCUUUAUUGUGUCUUAAAAACAAAAACGAGAUAAAACACAACAAAACCCCACCCCACAACCUUCAGGACAGUCUAUCUUAAAUUUCAUAUGAGAACUCCUUCCUCCCUUUGAAGAUCUGUCCAUAUUCAGGAAUCUGAGAGUGUAAAAAGGUACCAAUCAUUGAUUUUUUUUUUGUAAACUUAAAAUGUUUAAAAUAAAAUAGCAUUUACAGUUUUUA